ACAAACCCCUCGAACAGUUCUCCAUCAACGACACCAUGGCUUCAUUCGGUGGACAGAUGCAGCCUACAAUCAUCCUUUUGAAAGAGGGAACCGAGGACUCUCAGGGUCGUGGUCAGCUUAUCAACAACAUCAACGCAUGUCUUGCCGUCCAGGAUACUCUCAGAACUACACUUGGACCUUUGGGCUCCGAUAAGCUCAUGGUUGAUGGUAAGGGCGAGGUCACUAUUUCCAACGACGGUGCGACAAUCAUGAAGCUUCUCGAUAUCGUUCACCCCGCAGCGAAGAUCUUGGUCGACAUCGCAAGAGCACAGGAUGCCGAGGUCGGAGAUGGUACUACUUCAGUUGUCGUCAUCGCCGGAGAGUUGUUGAAGGAGAUCAAGGGCUUUGUGGAGGAGGGUGUUAGCCCACAUAUCCUCAUCAAGGGAUACCGCAAGGCGUGUCAGUUGGCAGUCAACAAAGUCAAGGAAAUCGCUGUCAAGAUCGAUCGUAAAGACGAAGUCGAGUUCCGUGAGUUGUUGAUGAAGUGUGCGUCUACUGCUAUGUCAUCCAAGUUGGUGCACUCUAACGACAAGUUCUUCACCAAGAUGGUUGUUGAGGCUGUUUUGUCGCUGGAUCAGGAGGAGUUGGAUCACAAGCUUAUUGGUAUUAAGAGAGUGCCUGGUGGCGCUAUGGAGGACUCCCUUUUCGUCAAUGGUGUUGCGUUUAAGAAGACCUUCUCAUACGCCGGUUUCGAGCAGCAACCGAAAUCAUUCAAGAACCCCAAGAUUGUGUGUUUGAACGUCGAGUUGGAGUUGAAGGCUGAGAAGGACAAUGCUGAGGUUCGUGUCGAGCAGGUCUCGGAGUACCAGGCAAUUGUCGAUGCCGAGUGGCAGAUUAUCUUCCAGAAGCUCGAGGCGUUGGUGAAGACUGGUGCUCAAGUUAUUUUGUCGAAGCUUCCUAUCGGUGAUUUGGCCACACAGUACUUCGCUGACCGUGGUAUUUUCUGUGCUGGUCGCGUAGCUGCUGAUGACUUGAACCGCGUUGUCAAGGCUGUCGGUGGAUCUGUUCAGGCUACCUGCUCCGACAUUCUUCCCGAGCACCUCGGAACCUGUGAUACCUUCGAGGAGAAGCAAAUCGGUGGUGAGCGAUUCAACAUCUUCGAGGGCUGCUCCGCCGCAAAGACCUGUACUUUGGUCCUGAGAGGUGGUGCCGAGCAAUUCAUCGCCGAAGUCGAGCGCUCACUACACGAUGCCAUCAUGAUCGUCAAGCGCGCAAUCAAGAACAAUACCGUCGUCGCCGGCGGUGGCGCAAUCGAAAUGGAACUUUCCAAAUACCUCCGCGAAUACUCACGAACAAUCCCCGGAAAACAACAACUCAUCAUCGGCGCCUUCGCUCGUGCCCUCGAAGUUAUUCCUCGCCAACUCUGCGAUAACGCUGGAUUUGACGCGACCGAUAUCCUCAAUAAGUUGAGAAUGCGACACGCGCGUGGUGAUAUGUGGGCUGGUGUCGAUAUUGACAGUGAGGGUAUUGCGGAUAAUUUGGAGAAGUUUGUGUGGGAGCCUGCGUCAUUGGUUACGAAUGCUCUUAGCUCUGCGACGGAGGCGGCGACGUUAGUGUUGAGUGUGGAUGAGACGAUUAAGAGUCAGCAGAAUCAGCAGCCUGGUGCGGGGGGUAUGCCUGGUGCUCUGCCACAAGGAGCUGCUGCACGGGCGAUGAGGGGUCGUGGACGGGGUAUGCCUAGGCGUUAA